UUUUUUCAAUUUUUUGUUGGAAGUUGGCAAGUUGGUUUAGUUGAACUCGGCACUUGUACGGGUGUGCACACGAUCGUAUAGCGUUGAGAGUAGUUUUUUGUUGUUGUUGUUUUAUAACAAUUUGUUGUACUUUCGAAACAAAUCAGACUGUCGUCAUCGUAUAAUACAGGGCAAAGGCGAUAAGAAAACGGUGACGAGGCGGCUGCUCGGUUUGGUUUCGGUGAACAUGAAGUACGUUUUAUUACUGCUGAACACAUGGUUCCUGUACACCAAUGGAGCUUACUCGUACAUCGUGGAUCCCGGACCGGUGGUGAAGGCGACGAAAGGUGAAAUAUGGCCCAAGCCAAAAUCUCAAACAACCAAUGCAAAAUUCGCCAUGAUCAACCGAUCUGCGUUUCAGUUUCAGAUCUCCAACCAUACGUGCGACAUUCUCGAGAAAGCCAUCGAACGGUACCAGAAGCUAACGCUCGAUGUUGGAAACAGUGCCCGACGUUCGCUCUUUAGGUCGUCCCGAGGUCGAAACGAUCAGACAAGGAAAUCUCCCCGAUCUGACGGAAAUUUCAAAAAAACCCUGGAAAUGAUGCAACUCAAUUUGAAAACUCCUUGUGAAAGUUUGCCGUAUUUGGCAAUGGAUGAGUCGUAUGAUCUUGUGAUUGACGACACCCAAGCCAGCAUUGAGUCGUUCUUCGUUUGGGGUAUGCUGAGAGGGCUGGAAUCCUUCUCGCAGAUGGUUGUACUGUCCGAUGAUGGCAGCAUGCUCCGCGUCAACUUCACGCGCAUCAGCGACGAGCCCCGUUUCUCCCACCGCGGCCUCUUGGUGGACACCUCGCGCCACUUUGUCUCCGUUUCGACGCUCAUCCGCAUCCUGGACGGCAUGGCGUACAACAAGCUGAACGUGUUCCACUGGCACAUUGUCGACGACCACAGCUUCCCCUACCAGAGCGAACGCUUUCCGGAGUUGAGCGAAAAGGGUGCCUACCAUCCGUCGAUGGUUUACAGCCAGGAUGACGUGCAGCGGGUCAUCGAGGAGGCUCGACUGCGUGGGAUUCGGGUCAUGUCGGAGUUUGAUACGCCCGGACACACGAGAUCGUGGGGCGUUUCUCAUCCGGAACUGCUGACGGAGUGCUUCGAUCAGUAUCGGGGGAAGCUGGGGCCGAUGGAUCCGACCAAGGAGAUGACGUACGUGUUUUUGGAGGAGUUGUUCCGCGAGAUUGUGCACGUGUUUCCAGACCAGUAUGUGCAUUUGGGUGGGGAUGAGGUGGGCUUUGAGUGUUGGGCGAGUAAUGCCGAGGUCAUGGAGUACAUGAAGGUCAAUCGGCUGUACUCGUUCGAAAUGCUCGAGGAGAAAUUUAUCCAGAGGAUCGUGGACCAGAUUGAUGCGCUGAAUCGGAGUUCGCUGGUUUGGCAGGAGGUUUACGUCAACGGAGUUCGACUGCCCAAGGGAACCGUUGUGCACAUCUGGACGGGCAAUCGGCAGGACUUGCUCAACAGGAUCACUCGGGACGGCCUUCCCGCCCUGCUCUCCUCCUGCUGGUAUCUGGACCACCUGAGCACCGGCGGAGACUGGCGCAAGUUCUACAACUGCGACCCGCACGACUUUGUGGGCACUCAGGCGCAGAAGAAACUGGUGCUCGGCGGCGAAGCGUGCAUGUGGGGCGAAGUGGUCAACGAUCAGAACAUUCUGCAGCGGAUCUUUCCGCGGGUGUCGGCCACCGCCGAAAAGUUGUGGUCCCAGGAAGCGGUCAAGAACGCCGACCAGGCAGCGGCUCGGCUCGAGGAGCACACCUGCCGGAUGAACCUGCGAAACGUUCCGGCCCAGCCGCCCAACGGGCCCGGGUUCUGUGUGUAAAUGUUGCUGUGUAGACACAUUCGUAAUAAAAUCAAAUUGUUUCGUGUAA